UUGGGAUCAGCGUCGCAGGUUGGUUGUAUGCACUCAUGCUGAUGCGAGAUGUCAGCGCACAAGAGAAAGAACGGUUCCAGUGUUCAGUCUGUUUUCCAUUCUAUCCAGGGUCAGUAAGCUGGGAGCACAGGCUGGCGCGAUGGGUUCCUGACUUUCUGUUUGCAUCGCAUUUAGAUGCUCUCAUUUCCAUCAAACCCAAGUUAGCAGAGGAUCCACUUUCGGCAUUGACUUCCUUGGUCAACGAGCUUCGCAAUAUCGCCGCACUGGCCGAAUCAUUUGCUCUGUAUCGAUCCAGAGCGAAUAAGGACUGGUACUCUCUUGCUGAUGUUCUGGAUCGCGAGGGUGUCCAUCUCUGGAAUCUAUCUGGUCAGCUUCGCCGUGAAGGCGAUGACGAAGCCCUAACGAUAUUCGCAGCAUUGAGGCUUACAGGUUUCCGACUAAUUGAGGCCGGCCUGGUGCCCAAGCCGCCCAUCGAAACUCUCAUUCACGUGCUCCAAUUGGCCAGCAAGGCCGCCGCAAGUCUCUCAGAGAUCAGCUGGAAUGAUGAGGCCGCCAGCGUUCUAACGUGUGCAGCAAAGUACGAGGAAGAUCUGAAGAUCACAGAGGAUACGCAAGGAUCCCAUCAACAAGAUAGGGCUUGUGCUGUAGUCUUGUACUAUGCCAGCCGUAUGGAGGCGGCUUCGUCCGAGGGUAAUGAUGGGGUCGCCGAUUUCAUGCUACAGAAGAUCCUAGGGAACGAACAACAACUCUCAAUUCUUCCGUCACAGGAUCGAUUUCAUCUGGCUAGCAGACUCCUCGAAAUAGGAAAGUCCAGCCUGAGAGCUGCCCAAGAUGACGUCUCUGCACUGGAACUAGGACGGUCAUCCGAGUCGGUCAAAUGGCUGCAAAGUGCCUUCAGUGUGAUAGAACGUUCUGACGACCAGGAACUCGCCGGAACAGCAGACUUGAAGCGUUCGAUUCUUAGGAGUCUUGCUCGAGCUUAUUUCCUUGCCUCAGCUGACAACCCUGAUAAUCUGAACCGAGCUGAAGCAUCUCUCAACGAAUUGAUAGUGUCCCUUGAUACAUCUUUUGACCGAUGGAGCCCUGAAUAUCAACAAGUCCGAUGGAUGCGAAUUGCAAUCCUCAAACGUCGUAAGGCUGCCGAGUCUCCGUUGUUGGAGGCUUUCAGAUCCAUCAUCGACCACAUGAGUUAUUCAUCCGAAGAGAAUAUCACCGACAUUCUUCAAGAGCUUCGAACUUUGUCUCAUUAUCACGAUCUGGUUACCGCAGUCCAUCAACAUGCUCUGCGGACAGGUUUGGAUGUGGAGCGCAACUCGGCUCUUAUUCACAUCGAUCGCAUCCUUCUUUCGUUACUGUUCCAUUGUUCUCGGGACCAGACUCAUUUCAGAGCUAUGCAAGAUGUGGAUGCCACCCUCACAAUACUUAGCGAUGCCGACUUCGUCCUUCCCAAAGUUCCGGUCAUGGCGUGCUUGACGCUGUUGUGGCAAUUUGGUGAUCGUCAGUACAGCGCCAAACGCUGGCUGCAGGCCGCCGACUGGUUCCUUGUCGGAACUCAUCGAGUGUUUAACAGCGUUCCGCAUACCAGCAGAACUAAAUGCGAUCGUAAGGCGGCUUUAUGUUACAUCCAGCAGCAGGAUUACGCAAAGGCUUCUGCUGUGUUGCAACGCUGUCUUCAUGAUGAAGCAGCCACGCACUAUGUGAUGCUUUUGACAGCGGUAAGGCAAGGACUGGAAGACGAAGCAAUCAAAGCCGCACGCGGUAUGGCUAAGUGCUCUGACUUUGACCGAAAUAUGCUCUUCUUGGCCACUCAAUUAGCGCACGAGUCUGAUAUGAAGACGCUCCUCCUAUCAAUACUAGAAGAAUUAUUGCAGGUGGUGGACACGAGAACAGACCACUUUCAAGCGGAGGCUUUGACAUUGAUCCGGUGUAUCAUACGACUGAUGAUCAAACUAAUUGGCGAACCUGGCGCGAACAGAACUGCCCUCUUUCCAACCCUAUUAAAGCACUUUCACGCAGCCGUUUCUUUGAUUGACAACAUGCGUGCCCAAGGGCGCGCAACCACCGUGGCUAAGGACAUCUCAUGGCUGUGGCGGACUGCCUAUAAUUGCGCUGUACAAGGCUGCUCGGUGUGGGAGAAUGCUGAAAAAGAAGUUGCAGAGCUCUUCGAUGUGGCCAGGAUGCUUCUUCAAGAGUACUCCGAUGCUUUGGUGACAGAUGUAGAACCGGACACAUUUGUUCACCUCAUCAAUGCCUUUUUCGCAUCAGUUGCUGGAAGGUUGUUCGCGAUCCGUGGCCAUCUUCAUUCAGGAGCAUCCGUCCCGAACGAUGAAGCCGAGUUGGUCGCCGAACGUAUCAAGUCUUGCAAGAUCUGCAUCCAGCGGGUAAUUGACAAUGAGAAAUUGACUAAAUCUGAAGACAUGCAGCGAGCUCAUUCUUUCAUACAUAUACUACGAGUGUUCGAAACAGAGGUCCUUUGCGCAAAAAAGGAAUGGAAGGCUUUACUUCACACAAUAGAAGAUGCCACCGAAUCCGAUGCGUCAGCUGUAAACACCUUCGAAGCAAUUGCAGAUUUAGUGUGGAAUGAGAAGGAUUGUCCAGUGGAAGUUCUCUUUGCGGCUCUAGAAGCCAUCCUUCACGCAAGUCUCGAUCGCAUGUCAUUUUCGGUUCAGAAGUUCUCAAGGUGGCUGCGUGCCAUUUGCACCAUCCUGUUAUCGCGGAAUGUACUUGCCGAUCGGGCCAAAGCCCUCGGGUAUGUCGAGCAAGCCGUGGCAGUUGUUGAAGAACACUCCACAGCCUCCGACGAGAAUGAUGUAGGAUAUCUUUAUGCAGGCCGAGAAAAUACUUUGACGCUUGCAUCCAAGAUAUACCCCAUAGACGAGAGGCAUUGGCUCCUGGGAACCGCAUACAAUACGGGUAUAGAAUGCUUACAUGUUUCACAGGUUGACGAAGCUAAACGCUGGUUCGAAUUAUCUACGGUCGUAUGUCGUUACGUGCCCAACGGGAUGUCUCGGGCAGAAAAGAUAUCAGACGCAUAUACCCAACUACUGGCUCGCUAUACAUCGAAUGCAUCUACUUCAAAGCAAGUCGUGCCUGUCACUCCAUGAUGGUUCCGCUCUGUCCUUGGCUUCUGUCUCUUGCUUGUUCGUCUCUCUUCUGGCUGGUCUCCGCUCUUCGUGCUUUGCCCCUGUAUACAUGCCGAUAUCCUACCGGUACCCAAGAAUGAUAUCCCGCGCCGCUCAGGAAACUGCGUUGUCUCUCUUCUUGAAGCCUAGUAUAGUCAAUUCGUAGCCACCUAUUCAAGUGUGGGAAAUGAUGAGAAUGAGCCUUACGGCUGAGGAAUACGACCCAAACGCUCCGCCUUGACUCUUAUGAGAAAUGGACACCUGACCAUGAUGGUCCAAACAGUAUGCACCAAGUUGCCUGCUUGGGAGUCAAACGCUAUUGUGCCUUUUGACCAGGUACUUCGAUGUGUCUGGACGCAGAUUAAUGAUACCG